GUAGUGCGUCGACCAAUAUUCCUGGAUUUUGGUGCCGCUUUGGUCAGAAAGUACCUACAAAAUGAUUACACUAAAUGAUAAACUUACCCGAAAGGGUUUGCCGAAGGAAAAACAACCAAUAGGUGUGCCAAAAAAUCCCAAACGCCAGGAGGAGGAAUAUGUUUUUGCCGCUGAAAGCGACGAAGAGUUGGACUUGAGCAGAGUCAAGGAGGAGGAUGAUGAUGAUGAGGAGGAAAUGAAAUUCGAGGAACCGAUGCCUAAACGCAGCAAGAACACAGUAAAUGAUGACGUGAAUGUAAAGGAGGAGCCAGACACGGAUGAGUCCGAAAAUUAUUCUGAAAUGGCUAAAACUGAGGACGACACAUUAGAGGUAAAUGGUGAACGUAAAAAGCUUGGCGGUUCAAAAAGGCUUCGACUGCAGCGGAAACGUCACGCCGAAUUCUACGACCAGUUGGGCGACAAACAAAUAUCGCGGGCAGGGACGCGCCAGGAGAAGGAACUCAUGUCGCUGGUUUUUGGUGAUAAAUCAGAGAUCGUUUCACAGCUCGAAGACAAAAAGAAGACUAAAUCGAAUAAGAAAGCAAAAAAGAAGGUAAAAUCGAAACCGGGACAAUCUGAUUCUGCCGUAUGGCAUGACUCGGACGACGACGAUCAGGACGACGAUGCCAAUCGGAAGCGCAACAAGUACAAUCGCGAUCAGGGGCAGCUUACGAACGAGCGGCGCCGUAAGCAGUUCGAGCAGAUUGUCGGCAAUCCGAGAUGGGCCGAUUUGAAUCGCGAGCGGGAACGCUCGGACUCGGAGGACGAGGCGAUGCGAAAGGUAGGCCACGUAGUGAAGGGAACGACAUCGCACGUCCUGCCAAAGGGUAUGAUCGAGUUGAAAAAGCUGAAAAAUUUGAAUCGCGAAACAAAGCACGAGGGUGAAAUUACGUCGAUCAACUUCCAUCCGACGUCGAUGGUGGCCAUCAUCACUGGCAAGAGCGGAAUGGUCUCGAUCGUCGCGGUGGACGGUGUACGGAACGAGAAACUGCACACAAUCGGGCUGGAAAAGUUCAACAUCGCCUGCGCCCGCCUUUCAUCAGGCGGAAACGAGGCUAUUUUCGGUGGUUACCGCAAAUUCUUUCACGUAUACAAUUUGCUCAGCGGUGAGAGUAACACCAUAAAAAUUCCCCCACUGGAAACGUGGUCCAUGAAGAGCUUUCGCAUUUCGUCGUGCGGUGAAUAUCUCGCGACAGUCGGCGAUUCUGGAGAGGUGCACGUGCUGAGCGCGAAAGGAAAGGAACUGCUGUGGACGAUUCAGCUACGGUGCGUAUGCCAGGCGCUGGCUUUCACUCCCGACAGCCGGUAUCUGCUGUGCCACAGCAGUGACACGGAGGUUACGGUGUACAGCUUCGAACAACGCCGGAUAGUGAACGUGUUCCAGGAUGAAGGAUGUGUGAAUGGAUCGGCAAUCGCCGUCUCCCCCAGCGGGCAGUUUGUGGCGACGGGCAGCAGGCAGGGAGUGGUCAACAUUUACUCGCUGGACGAGACCAUCGAAAAGAAGUUUCCGGUGCCACACAAGUCCAUCACCAACCUUACGACCUACAUCGAUUCGCUCACGUUCAAUGCCACUUCGGAGUUGCUGGCGAUGGCCUCGUCAACCAUCCCCAAUGCGGUAAAGUUGGUGCACGUGAAGAGCGGCACCGUGUUCCGGAACUUCCCGAUUGUUGCGACUAGCUUGGGAAAUGUGACGACCGUCGAAUUUUCUCCCUCCGGUGGCUUUUUGGCCAUCGGUAAUAAGAAGAGCGUCGUCUCUCUGUUUAGAGUCAAGCAUUAUCAAAACUAUUGAAUUAUCGAAAAUAAAGUGUAGAGCUUAAGUUAUCAUACACAAAAUCUCCAUCCAUUUUGUUCCAAAAGAAA